AACUUGUGUACAGUGAAUUUAGAGUAUAGAAAAUCAAGUGUAGAAAGCGACCAUGAAGCGUUCAUCUUCAUCAGAUAGGUCUUCUUUGGGGCCGUUGAGGAUACGAAAUCAAGAAAGUUCGAGAAACAGUAGAAAUUCAGUAUCAAGUUCAGCUCGACCAUCUAAAAGUGGCAGAUCAUUAUCUGGUAACAGAAUGUCCACUGGUGGACGACCUUCAAUAGGACCAGGAGGCGGCCCAUCAAUUUCAAACAGUCGACCAUCUAUGUCUGGUAGUAGAAAGUCUAUGUUACAGAUUCCUAGGUUUGGUCACGCACAAAAAAUUGAUAGGACGUUGUCUAGAGGAAGUGGUAUAGGAAUGAGAAGUAAUGGUGUCCCAAAAGAUCCAAGACCAGUGUCAGACAAGUCUUAUCAGCAAAAAUCUAUAAAGAUAGUAUUAGAGUUUUUAACUGAGCGAGGAUAUCCACACAACAUUACAUUAAAAACUUUGCAGUCCCCAACAUCAAAAGAUUUCUUCAAAAUAUAUGAGUUUAUCUAUGGAUUCAUCUCGCCUAAGUACAAGCUCUCGCCUAAACCUGAAGAAGAGAUUCCGCGAAUCUUGAAGUCAAUCGGCUAUCCAUUUCUGAUAUCUCGAACAUCUAUGUUUGCUAUUGGUAGUCUCCAUACAUGGCCUCACAUUCUGGUAGCCUUGACCUUUCUCAUUGAACUUAUUAAUUAUGGUAUGGCUAUAGGGGAGCAUAUGGAGAAUAUGAUGUUUCCACCAGAUGAUGAUGGUUUUGAUAGUGACACUAUGUCAGAGGCUCAGAUAUUUUACCAGUAUGUAUGUAGUACAUACCACUCGUUCAUGGAUGGCAAUGAUGAAUAUUUGGAGGAAGACAAUCUUCUCAGAACAUCAUUAAGACACAAGUUUUUAGGGGCAGGUGGCAUUGAUGGUCUAAUAGAAGAAAACAAUGCACUAGAACAACAGUUAGAACUCCUCGAGAAAGAUCCUGACCAUUUAAAGGCAGCCAAUCAGAGAUUACAAUUGUUACAACAUGAUGAUGAAAGACUUGUCAGUUACCUCAAUGAGUUAGAGACACAUAAACGACAACAGGAACAACAACUGACCGAGGUCGAGGAACUUUGUGCUAAUCUGGCAAUAGAACUGGAAUCAGAGAAUGCGAAGGUAUUAAAAAUGCAGUUAAUGUACGAGAACCAGGAGUUUACCCAGGAAGAUGUGGAACGUAUUAACAUGAGAACACGAGAGCUAGAGCGACAGAAAGCCGACAUUGAGAAAAAUAUACAGGCUGUAGAUGAAGAUAUCUGGAAAGAGGAGAUAGGACUCUCAAAAGAAGUUGAACAGAUCCAGUCCAAGUGUCAAGCAUAUAAUAAACUAGCUCACAGUUUGAAGCUUAUCCCUAUUACAGCUGAAAACUCUUCUGGUAUUGACUAUGAACUGAAGAAAACUGCCUACACUGAUGGCACUUUGUCCAACUUCCAAGAUAUUAUAAAGCCUGCAUUGAUAACCCUGAAACAACAGUGUGCAGACACUGCCAAUCGUCAGAACUCUGAAAAGAUCAAAGUAAAGGAGCAAUUAGAACAGGCAUCAGAGUAUGUGAGUGAUCUACAGAACGAGGUUGGUUUAUUGGAGAGUAAAUAUAAGAGAGCAGAGGAUGAGGUGGACGCUAAGAAACAGAUGUAUUUGAAGGAGAUACAUAGAAUGCAGGAGUGUGUAGAAGAGCUUCAGAAUGAAAUGGUACAUUUAGAAAGUGUCAUGUUCCUAUCCCAACAAGAUGCUUCAACCGAGAAGAAAAAACUAGACUCUUGGUCAUUACAAGAAAGAGAGAAGGCAAGGAGAAAAUUGGAACAGCAUAAAAAUUUCUUGCAGGAAGCUCUACAAACCUUUAUGGAACAUAUGGAGAACAUGCAGGCAAAGUUAGCAGAAGCUCACGAAGAUUCUGAAGCCUUGAAAGAGAAAGUUAGACAGGAGGCUUCUGCAAAGGGCAUCGAGUGACUGAAGACAGGGUGACAUGUGGAACUGUUUGUGUCUACAUAUCCAAAAAAAACUCACCAUGAACUGUGUAGUAGAUCAACUCUAGUGCUUGUUUAACUUGUAUUAUUUGAUGAAUCAAAUAAACGAGACAUUGAUUAGCUUGGAUGUAAUUCAGUAGUCUUGUUAUGUUAAUUCACAAAGACAUAGCUGCAGGCAUUAGUGUUCCAUUAAGAUGUUGCUAUUACAUUCAGUUGUCGCAAAAAAAAUAACACAUGUAGUUAUGGUAGACUGUUUUGCAAGCUGUAAGAAGAGAAAUGCAGUUUACCAUUAUUUUGUCGUUCCU